UUGUCGAAUGUUAUUUUUUGAAAAUAAGGGUACGUUUAAUCAACACAUGACGAAAAUGCCGCUUUCAAACCGAAGCUCAACAAAAUAUGUCAACAUGGCGGCUUGCGUGAGCGAAAACGAUUCAGAUAAAAAACUGGAAUUCUUUUUAAAGGUACCUUUCCCAUCUGAGAGAGAGGCAGCUAUCGCCCUGCAGUCUUUAUCUCCUGAUCCCGAGCCCAGGAAAGGAGGAAUCACUAAAAACCUGGAUGUUACAGGACACACACUGUCUGUGAGAUGGACUGCGGAUGAAGCUCGUAUUCUUCGUGUUUCUGUGAGUUCAUUCUUGGACCAUUUGUCUCUAGUGAUGGAAACUCUGGAUGCAUUUGGACCACCUGUUUCACAAUGAGACAAAUACAAGCAGAAGAGCAGAAAUGUGGACGCAGAUGAUGUUUGCACUAUGUUAGGAGGAUGUCCGAGAGAAACAUCUGCUGCAGUGUGUUUAGUAUGGACUGCCAAGGCUUAAAAAGCAUAAUUAAUGUGCUUUUGCUCAUGUCUUAAGACAAUUGUUUUGAGUUGUGUUGUUGAAAUAUUUCACCCAAAAAUAAAAUUUACUAAAAAAUUACUCGCCCUCAGACUAUACAAGAUGCAGAGUUUGUUUCUUCAUCAGAACAGAUUCGGAGAAAUGUAGCAUUACCUCUCUUGCUGACCAAUGGAUCCUCUGCAGUGAAUAGGUGCCGUCAGGAUAUUUUCCAUAUUAUGGCCAUAAAUGAAGGUUUAAAGUUUAAAACCCCUUAAUGAUCAAUUUGUUUCUUACAAACAUGCAGGUUUUCACUUCACAAAUCGUUAAUUGUUGGAUUGGAAUCGUGUGGAUUUCUGAAAUGUUUUUAUCAGCUGUUUGGACUCUCAUUCUGACGGCACCCAUUCACUGCAGAGUAUCCAUUGAUGAGCAAGUGAUGUAAUGCUAAAUUUCUCCAAAUCUGUUCUGAUGAAGAAACAAACUCAUCUAUAUCUUGGAUGACCUGAGGUCAAGUAAAGUUUAAGCUAAUUUUUAGUUCUUUGUUGAACUAUUGCUUUAAAGUUGUAACAGAAGCCAAAACAAACGAGUUUUGUCCUUUGAAUAAAGAUUUAUUAAUGCAG